UCUCUUUGCCAGCGACCUCCAUCUCCAGCCCUUCCUUUGACUUGUCUCCGGCGACCUCGCCUCCAAAAUAUGUCCUUGUCGACAAUAUCUGCUCCAACGCUGCGCGCCGCAAGCGCUUCCAAGGUUUCGCCAUGUCUCUCCUUUACUCGUUCGCGCUCGACGGCUGCCUCGAGCACGUCAUAUUUGGACGCGAGGUCGAGAGUAAAAGAGCACGCCCGUAAUAUCAGUCGUUCCUCUGUUCAGAAUGCUGUUGUCUCCCCGGCUCUGCGUCCUGCCCCCGCACCCGGAUUCCAGCAGCUGCCCACAAAAAAUAAUGUCUCAAAUCCACCUCCUACCCUCGGCACCCAGACAAAUGCUCCUCUGGACCAUUCGUUCGUAGGUCUCUCUGGAGGCCAAAUCUUCCAUGAGAUGAUGCUCCGUCACGAUGUCAAGCACAUCUUCGGUUAUCCCGGCGGGGCGAUCCUCCCCGUCUUCGAUGCGAUCUACAACUCGAAACACUUCGAGUUCGUCCUUCCACGGCACGAGCAGGGCGCAGGACACAUGGCAGAAGGGUAUGCUCGCGUAUCCGGCAAGCCUGGUGUCAUUCUCGUCACCUCAGGUCCUGGUGCGACGAAUGUCGUCACACCGAUGCAGGACGCCAUGAGCGAUGGCGUACCUCUGGUGGUGUUUUGUGGACAGGUAGCAACUUCCGCGAUAGGCUCGGACGCCUUCCAGGAGGCCGACAUCGUUGGCAUUUCGCGAAGCUGCACGAAGUGGAAUGUGAUGGUCAAGGAUAUCUCGGAGCUUCCUCGGCGCAUCAACGAAGCGUUCAAGAUUGCUACUUCAGGUCGUCCGGGCCCCGUCCUUGUUGACCUCCCUAAGGACGUCACUGCAGGCAUUCUCCGCCAGGCGCUGCCAUUCAAGGCGACCACUCCCGGCUCUGCUCUCGGCCUUCCCUCGAAUCCUCUGAACUCUCCUUUGGCUCCUUCAGAUGUCGAGCUCAUAAGGCAAGCCGCGGAUCUCAUCAAUCAAGCUAAGCGGCCCAUCAUCUACGCCGGCAAUGGUGUUCUUCAGUCGGAGUUGGGCCCAAAGUUCCUGACGCAGCUGGCUAAGGAGGGGAACAUCCCCGUCACGACGACUCUGCAGGGUCUCGGAGCCUAUGAUGAGACGGACGAGAAGAGUCUGCAUAUGCUCGGUAUGCAUGGUAGCGCGUAUGCCAACAUAGCGAUGCAGGAGGCCGAUGUCAUCAUCGCUCUCGGUGCUCGCUUUGACGAUCGUGUGACCGGCAAAGUCGAUACCUUCGCUCCAGCGGCUCGCGCCGCAGCCGCUCAGGGUCGGGGCGGUAUCAUCCACUUCGAGGUCCAGCCCAAAAACAUCAACAAGGUUGUCGAAGCGUCCAUCCCCAUUCUUGGCGACGUCACGUCGAACCUGUCCGCUCUCCUUCCCAUGAUUAAGUAUUCGGAGCGAGCGCCCUGGUUCAAGGAUAUCAAAUUGUGGAAGGAGAAGUAUCCGUUCACGUAUAUCAAGAGCAAGCCAGAGAACGGUGAAAAGAUGAAGCCUCAGGAAGUCAUCGAGGAGCUGGACAGACAAACCGAAGCGUACAAGGACAAUGUCGUCAUCUCUACCGGUGUUGGUCAACAUCAAAUGUGGGCGGCGCAACAUUUCAGAUGGCGUCACCCACGUUCGAUGGUCACCUCGGGAGGAUUGGGAACUAUGGGCUUCGGUCUCCCAUCUGCCAUCGGUGCGAAGGUGGCUGCACCAGAGAAGACCGUGGUUGACAUCGAUGGCGAUGCCUCGUUCAGUAUGACUGCAAUGGAGUUGGCCACGGCAUCACAGUACAAUAUCGGAGUGAAGGUCAUGGUGCUCAACAACGAAUUCCAGGGCAUGGUGCUCCAAUGGCAAGAUCUGUUCUAUGAUCGUCGCUACUCACACACACGCAUGACGAACCCCGACUUUGUCAUGUUGGCGAAGGCUAUGGGCGUGCAUGCCAUUCGUGUAAACAAUGCGAGUGAACUCCCAGCCAAGAUGAAGGAGUUCUUGGAAUACGAUGGCAGCCGGCCUAUAUUGAUGGAGUGUGUGGUAGAGACAAACGAGCAUGUGUUCCCCAUGGUCCCUGCAGGCAAAGCUCUGCACGAACAAAUCCUGCACCCAUCUCUCACAUCAAAAUCGAAGGCAUAGGCUCUGGCCAGCGUCCCUUUUUCUUGUAUCUGGCUGCGCUAUUUCUUCGUCUCUCGCAUACAUACGGCACUACCCAUUCAUCCACGACAUUCUUAUCGUUCUCUGUUGCCCGCCUAUAUUUUUUACUGACAUGGGAAAAAAAACGCUGGUACGGGGGGAACUCUGGCCGGGUUGUAUCUGUAUAUCUACAAACACUUUCGUUGCGUGAAUGAAAUCUGGAGAUGCGUGACUGACCGUCCC